AUGCUCCAAGGCCAGGCCCCUAGCUUGCUGCGACAAGCAGAGCGCAUUGCUUGCGACUUUGACAUCUCGCCUGACCAGGUCCGGAGUGUAACGAGACAUUUCGUUGCGCAGUUGAAGGAUGGCCUGGCCAAUGCCCGCCCGUGGCAGCUGCCUUCAUAUGUGCAGAGCAUUCCGACAGGAGCAGAAAAGGGCGAGUUCUUAGCAGUCGAUCUCGGUGGGAGCAACUGCAGGAUAUGCCUGGUAAAUCUCAAGGGGGAUUCGACGUUUAAUGUCGCUCAAAGCAAGCAUAUCGUCCCUCCGUCUCUCAUGGUCUCCAAGAGCCAUCGACCACUUUUCGACUUUAUCGCACAGAAACUCAAGGACUUCCUCGAGAAGAGGACAUCGCGGCUGGCCGACCAGCUACCCUAUAGCCUAGGUUUUACCUUCAGUUUUACCUGCGAGCAGACUUCUCUCGCCAGCGGCCGCCUAAUCCAUUGGGACAAGGGCUGGGACAUCCCCGACGCCCUCGGACGCGACCCGUGCGUCAUGCUACAAGAUGCAAUCGACAGGCAGGGAUUGCCGGUUCGAGUGACUGUUCUUGCAAAUGACAGCGUUGGGACCCUUCUCACCAGGUCGUACCUGUCAGGCCCAAAGACCUCCACCUUGGCAGCCAUGAUCUUUGGAACGGGAACGAAUGCCGCCUACGUCGAAAAGCUGGCUAAUGUUCAGAGACUGUCGACAGCAGCAACAAGCACAGGCCUCAUGGUGAUGAAUACCGAAUGGGGCUGUCUCGACGACAAGAUGGAGGUUCUGCCGCGGACUCCCUUCGAUGAUGAACUAGAUGCAUCGUUGACAGAUCCUGGAUCGCAGAUGCUGGAGAAGAGAGUGUCGGGGAUGUACUUGGGGGAGCUUCUUCGACUGGUCAUAGUCCAACUACAUCGCCUGCGCGCUUUCACUAUGGACCUCGACGAGAAGUCUCCUGUUUUCCGACGCGACAGCAUUGACAGUUCUUUUAUCUCGAAACUCGCGGCAACUGGUUCAGCCGAGAGCGCUAUCGACCUGGUCGAGGAUGUGUUGUCUACGAAGAAUACGACACCGGAGGACGCCCGGGCCAUUCAACUCAUAGCCAGCUCUAUCGUCCGAAGAGCUGCGCGGUUAGCAGGUGCAUCACUGGCUGCUCUCAUCAUUCAGAGCGGUCGACUUGAGACUUCCCACAACUACCCAAUCUCCACCGUCAGCAAGGUAGAACAACCUCGAACGCGAGAGAUUUCGUCGAGUAGCAGCGUACAGAGAUUCUGGCAAAGCCUCGGCCUCCUCUGGCAGCGGCUUCUCAAAUUCGUUGGAAUGAAUUCGAUAAUCACACAGCCCCAGGGCUGCAUAACGUCACAGCAAACACAGAGAUCAGGUGAAGAAUACACGAAGCAAGGUAUCAUCGACAUUGGGGCCGACGGGUCUCUCAUUGAGUGCUAUCCAACCUUCGAGACAGAGAUGCGGGCUGCCUUGAGAGACAUCACGGAAAUUGGGGUUGCCGGUGAGCAAAGAGUCCGAGUGCAUCUUACGAAAGAUGGUUCAGGGGUGGGCGCUGCUCUGAUGGCACAGGCUGCGAGCCAAGCGGGGAAGACUGAGUAA